GUGGCUCCCCCUUUAUCGGCUUUUGUUACAAACACUCUUUCUUCUUUUAUGAGUUGUAGCAGAAGUUUCCUUCCUCGGAUUUCGCGUUUUCCUAGAUUACUGUCAGGUGUGGAUAGCUGUGUGUUCGCGACCCAUCCUAGUAAUCUAGUUUUCAACUGAUCCAGUAGGGGAUGGCUGUAGUCCGGGUGGGAGGUUCCUGACACACGCAUGUGUCCGUGGAUGUCUUCUUCUCUGGAGUCUGAAUCAAUCCAGGGUCUCUGUUUGAAGUAAGCCUUCCACUCAAGCUUCCUGAUAAAGUUUUGGCAAUCAAAAAUUACAACUAAUAGAAUGGUAACAGCAUCAAAGGAACGGACCCCUCUCCUGGAAUCACAGGAGGUCCCUGGAUUGGAGGAUACUAGCGGCCCAUCAAAACCAAUAAAACUAGAACGAACAGUGGGGGUGCUGUCAGCGAGCGCUAUUGUCUUUGGAAACUGUGUUGGGGCUGGUAUUUUCAUCUCUCCUAGGGGUGUGUACGAGAAAGCAGGAAGUGCGGGAAGUGGGCUCAUUAUCUGGGGAUUAUGUGGACUCGUUGCUACUCUCUGUACUCUCGCUUACGCUGAGCUUGGUACCAUGAUGCAGGAGAGCGGAGGAGAGUUCGUCUACAUCAAAAAUACUUACGGCAAAUUCCCGGCCUUUCUCUUUUCCUUUUGUAAUGCUUUCCUCAUCAAACCAGCAGCACUGACAGUGACAGUGAUAACAUUCUCGGACUACCUGGCUGCUCUGAUCUGGGGCGAAGGAGUCACACAAAUAAUGGUGAAAUCUAUCACGGCCAGCGCUAUAGUACUUUUGACGGUGCUGAACAUAGUCAGUGCAAAGCUGGUGAUCAAGUUUUGCAGCAUCAUCUCUGCCCUGAAAGUGUUGAUGGUAGGGUUCCUUCUCGCGUGCGGUGUGGUGAUCAUCGUAAAAGGCAAAGGUCAUUUUGAAAACUUCUCGCCAGCAACUGCUUUCGAGAACACUUCAACCAAUCCUUCUGACUACGGACUUUCUUUCUUAUUUUGCUCUUUUUCCUUCCAGAGCUGGAACUCUCUUAACUUUAUGACAGAGGAAUUGAAGAGCCCAACGACAACCCUGCCAAGAGGUGGUUUCCUAGGAAUGGCGGCGGUGACUUUAGCUUAUAUUCUGGCGAACAUAUCCUACCUUAUGAUGUUUAGCGUAUCUGGAAUAAUUGACAGCAAAACUAUCGCCAUGGACAGUGGACAUCUGGCAUUUGGCAAAGUAGGGGAGCUCAUCAUGUGUAUUGGACUAUUACUGUCUUGUCUCGGGUCCGUCAGCGGUGGUAUGAUGUGUAUCUCAAGGAACAUUCAGAGUACAGCUGAGGUAGGUCUGUUUCCAAAGUGGAUGGCGGGAAUCAGUCCUACUUUCAACACCCCCGUACCUUCUAUCAUCACACUAGGAACAAUGCAACUUGCCUAUCUGUUUGUUGACACUACUACCCUGAUACCCUGUCUCGCCUCCGUGGAGUGGUUCUUCUACUGUGUUACCUUCUCUUGUCUUAUCUAUCUCCGCUAUACUGAACCUAAGAACUACCGUCCCUUCAAGGUACCAUUGCCAGUGAGCGUGUUGUUGUUCAUAGUAACAGGUACCUGCGUGUUGCUUCCCUUAUUUUCCAGUGACAGAUACACUGUUAUCUUAGGUUUCGCCACACUACCACUGGGCAGUACACUCUACAUAGCCAUGAAAUGUUACAUCAAGCAUCGCUCCUCCUGCUCAGCCCUGGUGGUAUCCGACCACAGUUCUACGGAAGGCAGUUUAUUCAGCACUUCCUAUGGUAGUGGGGAUAGUGUGCCGAUAACUCUUAAAGAGAAAGUUAGAAAGGGAAAGGAAGAGGGACUCAACGUGAAACAGAGCCAAAAUUAACCCAUUUUAUUGACAUGAAAUUGGUUAGAAAUUCGGUUUUGAGAUCACUUAAACUUGUUGCAGUAAUUCUGGAGUUAUUGAAUAAGUAAAGAGAGUAAAUGACAUAUUGUUGGGAGUACACGAUUGACUUAUUAAAGUAUUAACAUAUUAAUGAUAAUUUUUGUUUUAGUUCGAAAUUUAUCAUGCUGAGUUCAAAAUGACUGAGAUAACUUUAACUUUCACUUUAACUUGGAUAACAAUGAUUAUUUAAAAGCCUUGUCGAUGUUAUUGUUAUUCCCAGCCGAUUAUGAUAUCUCAUUUUAGUGAUAUUACUAUUAUACUAAUACUAUAUUGUACUGCCAUUUGAAGAUUUUUCGUCGCUAAUUAAGUGCCGUUUUCUCAGAAAAGGAAGUAAGUGAUAACCUCGCCAUUUCGAGAUAUUACGACUUUUGCGUUUUUGGUUUUUUUCUCCGCUUCUUUUUUUGCGUAAGAUCAAACGUAAACACGUUGAGUUAUCAAUAAUUAGUCAAAUUUUAACUUUUCAGAAAAAUUAAAGCUUUGAGCCGUCUAGAAAUAACAACUUUUAUGCCAAAUAAUUGAAAAAUUCUUUGAAUUAUAAUAAUGAUAUAGAUAACACGAAUUUCGACA